GUGAGCAGUCCUUAUAUUUUAUCACAUUUGUCACUAUGAAUUUUCUUUUUUUUUUUUUUGGCUAUUUUAAUCCACUUGAAAUUGAAGCAGAACUUUUUCAUUCUAGGCUUCUAUUAUUCAUACAUAUUUGUUAUAAUACUCUCUAAUUUACUUACUUAUUUUAUUUGGCAGUGUUUUGGGUAAUUGUUAAAUAGUCAUGACACAUGUAGAGAUAAUCUUCGCCGGAGUUUUACCACUAAGUCUGUUUUUCCAGAGACUACAUUUCGUUUUCCUCUUGCAGUGCUUUUUGUAGUUCAGUAAUGUGAACAGAGAGGGCCGCUAUCCACCAGCGUGUGACAUGUUCAGAGUGGAGAGGCAACAGUACCUCCCCUUAGAUUUAGUUACGGUAGACAAUGAAGCAGGCAUUGGGCGACCGCACGGUUUACAAAAAACUCUAAAUACGGAGUCGGCUUGCUGCUAUAUUUGGUUUAACAUAUGUCAUUGAAAUCAGUUCAGCAGCCUGUCUGAAUGUCUUGUGGAUUACAUUUUUAUUGAAAUGACGCGAGCGGAUUUUUCUGACAAACGAAUGGGACGGCAAGUACUGUUUUUCAUUUCAGUUUUCUCUCUCAGCUCGGUGCUCGGGCAGGUCAGUUACUCUAUUCCCGAGGAAAUGGCGAAAGGCUCAUUAGUCGGUAAUAUAGGUCAGGAUUUAGGUCUAGAUCUGAAAAGACUCAAAUCAGGUAAAGCUCGCAUUCAUUCAGGAGAUAGCGCUGAAUACAUUGAGUUGAAUAAGGAAAGGGGAGUCCUUCUCAUCAAAGAGAGAAUAGACAGAGAAACGCUGUGUGGGGAAUCGACGCCUUGUGCUUUACAUUUUCAGAUAAUUAUGGAAAAUCCAAUGGAAUUGUUUCGCAUAACAGUAGAAAUCACAGACAUAAACGACAACGCCCCCAGCUUUGCAUCAACUGAGAAGCGUUUCGAAAUCAGCGAGUCAGUCGUUAUUGGCUCUAAAUUUGUAUUGGAGAAAGCGAUCGAUGCAGACAUUGGUUUAAAUGACCUCCAAAGCUACUCACUUAAUCCAAAAGAUAAUUUUAUCCUGAAACUGGAAAAUCAAAUCGACGGAAGUAAAAAGGUAGAAAUGGUUUUACAGAAGCCUCUAGAUCGAGAGAAUCAGGAACAGAUAUCGUUACUGUUAACUGGCACGGAUGGAGGAGAGCCGCAGAUGUCAGGAACAAUGCAGAUAUACGUAAACGUCUUGGAUGCGAAUGACAAUGCUCCUGUGUUCACUAAACCGGUGUACAAGGCCACAGUAACAGAAAAUUCACCAAGAGGGACAAGCAUAACAACUGUGAGUGCGUUUGACAAAGACAGAGGCUCUAACGGAGAAAUAUCAUAUGCAAUCUCCAAUAGCAAGCGUCGUUUAACCGACCUAUUUCAAAUCGAUAUGAAAAGUGGUGAGGUUAUCCUGAUCGGUGAAAUUGAUUAUGAGAAAGCAAAGUUCUACCAAAUAGAUAUUGAAGCUGUAGACAAUGGAGGACUCUCGGAUUCUAGUAAAAUCACAGUUGAUGUAAUUGAUGUGAAUGAUAACAACCCUCAAUUAAAUGUACUGUCUAAAACAGACGCCCUUUUGGAGGAUUCUCCUCCCGGUACUGUCAUAGCUAUGAUGAGUGUAAAUGACCCGGACAGUGGGGAAAAUGGCGAGGUAAAAUGUGUUAUAAAUGAUAACAUUCCGUUUAAAAUACAGGCGACAUUAAAUGGUUUCUAUAGUUUAGUUACAGAGAUAGGUUUGGAUAGGGAGGUAGCCUCCCAAUACAAUAUCACUGUAACUUGCUCCGAUGAGGGAGUCCCCUCCCUCUCCAGUAGCGUCACUCUCACCUUAAAGAUCUCAGAUGUGAAUGACAACGCGCCUGUCUUUGGGAGGAGCUCAUAUGAGGCCUACAUUGUAGAAAACAACACACCAGGCCUCUCUAUAUUCACAAUGAAAGCUAGAGACGCUGACUGGAACCAGAAUGCCCGUGUCUCUUACAUACUGGAGGACUCCUCGGUUAACGGAGUGCCCGUCUCCUCAUAUGUGUCUGUUAGUGCUGACAGUGGAGUCAUCCAUGCAGUGCGCUCUUUUGACUACGAGCAGAUCAAAGAUUUCCAGUUCCGAGUCAGAGCGCAAGAUGGAGGCUCUCCUCCACUCAGUAGCAAUGUGAGUGUGAAAAUACUGAUCCAGGACCAGAACGACAACGCCCCUCAGGUUCUGUACCCAGUCCAGACUGGUGGGUCUCUGGUGGCUGAAAUCGUGCCUCGUUCAGCAGAGGUGGGCUAUCUGGUCAGUAAAGUGGUGGCUGUUGAUGUGGACUCUGGCCAGAAUGCCUGGCUCUCCUAUAAACUACAGAAAGCCACAGACAGGGCGCUGUUUGAAGUGGGUUUACAGAAUGGGGAAAUCAGAACUAUCCGCCAAGUCACUGAUAAAGAUGUUGUGAAACAAAGGCUGACUGUUGUGGUGGAGGACAACGGCCAGCCCUCUCGUUCAGCUACAGUCAAUGUUAACGUGGCGGUGGCGGACAGCUUCCCUGAAGUGCUGUCGGAGUUUACUGACUUUACACAGGACAGAGAGUACAAUGACAGCCUGACUUUUUAUUUGGUCUUGGCUUUGGCUGUAGUUUCCUUUCUGUUCAUCACGUGCCUGGUGGUUAUUAUAUCAGUGAAAAUCUACAGAUGGAGACAGUCUCGCAUCCUGUAUCAGUCCAACCUGCCGGUGAUUCCAUAUUAUCCCCCACGUUACUCAGACACUUUGGGAACAGGGACUCUCCCACACGUGUACAAUUAUGAGGUGUGCAGGACAACUGACUCCAGAAAGAGUGACUGUAAGUUCGGCAGAGCCGGUAGUCAGAACGUCCUGAUAAUGGAGCCCAGUUCAACAGGGACGAUGCAGCGGAUACAGAGUGACAAGAGCAUCCUGGAUGAACCAGACUCUCCUCUAGAGCAAAAGCCUCCCAACAAUGACUGGCGAUUCAAUCAGGGACAAAGACCCGGACCUAGCGGGGCAACAGGAGGACCCGAGGUUGCCAUGGGAACUGGCCCCUGGCCCCAGCCCCCAACUGAAGCUGAGCAGCUCCAGGCCCUGAUGGCAGCAGCUAACGAAGUGAGUGAGGCUACGGCCACACUAGGACCUGGCACCAUGGGCCUGAGCACCCGCUACAGCCCCCAGUUCACCCUGCAACAUGUGCCUGACUACCGCCAGAACGUCUACAUCCCCGGCAGCACGGCCACCCUCACUUCCAAUCCCCAGCAGCAGCAGGCCACAGCCCAGCAGGCCACCCAGCAAGCUCUGCCUCCGCCCCAGGCCUCGGCCCAGCCCGAGCCCCCCAAGGCCGCCCAGACCCCCGCGUCCAAGAAGAAGUCCACCAAGAAGGAUAAGAAGUAGAGAGGGAAGGACUGAAGUGGAGGAAUGAUACACCCGGCCUGAUCUGAUGAGAAAUUCAACCCCCCACACCCCACCAUUAGGUAUCUUACUGCUCUGCUGACACGCGCGUUAGCCACAGUCUCUAUACUGACAGCAAAUCACUCUGACCCCACGGACGAUCUUAAUGGUUCUUUGAAAGUGUGUCUUGAAGGACCUGAGGAAUCUGAAUGUUCUGAAGGCUGUUGUCAAUACUUGGAAACCCAUGUUGUGCUCAAGGUCUAGUGUUGCUCAUGUAAUCAAUGUUGGUAAACAAGAUAUUUUUGGGGGGGUGUUGGGGGUUGUUGUGUUUUUUGGCAAAAUCAAAUGGAUUCACUUCAAAGAGAUUCAGUGUAAGGAACCUUGCUGGGAAAACAAGAUAAUGCCCAGUAAUGUAUUCAGAGAUGAAAUUUUAAUGUGCUUCAUGUUGGAUUUAUUGCGCCCUUUCCCUGAGGAGGAAAGUCUGCUAUUGUAAAGUAUGCUAGAUUGCCAUUAGAUUCUUAUAUAAGGUCAGCCUUGCGGGACAUUAAAGCAUAACUCCUAUGGAUACAAGGCUGUUGUCUGAUCGGUAUUACACACUCUUCUGCAUGCUCCUUUAGGUUCAAACCACAUAUAGUUUAGAGUUGCAAACUAUGCAUUGCAAAAGCAAGAAGGAGGACAUCCUGAACCAAUAAUCCUCCUUCCAAACGCAGGUCAACAUAAUGCACAUGUAGCAUUUACUUGACAGAAAAUAAAAAUUACUUUUGUAAUCAUAGUUGAAAAGAUGAGAUUUUGAACAGAUUUUUUUUUAUGACCUGAGCAUGCACCUAGAGCUGGGGCUGGCAGAGAAGGGUGGGGUUGUGGUGCGUUGUCACAGGCCAUGUUGUCCAUGCAAGUGGCAUCGCAGCCGGCAAUGGCUUCUUGUAUAACACCCCCAGAUGGGCACCAACAUGUCCUGAUGUCCUGCACCCUCUGCCCCAUCUCUCUCCCAAACCAGCUUGUGUCCUCCCUUCACUCACUAUCCCACUUUGAGAGCCAAACAAUAAGAAAUGCACUGUUCGUAUUCUAAAGAUGACAUGAUGUAGGGGUAGUAAUCACUUCAGUCUUUAGGGAAGUGUGUAGACGUGGUAAACUUAAGUGCUUAGGAGUUUCUUGACACUUUUGCUGGCCACUAGGGCCUCAACAGAGUAUUCACCCUUGCUAUCCUGAAGUGCUGAUGAAACUUCUUGAUGUGAGACAAUAACAUGUUUUUUUUUUCCUUGGAAGAUAAUGAUUCGAUAGUAUAGAGGAAUUGUUUAUAUAAGAUAUGAAGUUUUUCCUUUGCCGUCCAAUUGUCCGUCAGGCUGCUGGCUGGGCACCACUGCAUGAAGAGGCAGCUUGCAGGCUGGGUCAGAGGGAGUGGAGAGGGUGUGGUGAAGGGUACAAAGUCAGGGGUGGCAAAACUACAUUGACAAGGGGGUGGGAAGCAACCUUGGCUCUACCCACUGAAUGUACAGAGGCACCACUGUUGACCCCCCCCACCCCCUAAAUGUCCUAAUGCACUGACCCAGGUAGAGGUCAACAGAGCCAAGCACAUCUGUCCCUGUUGGAGAAGAGAUACCACUUGAGAAGGGCCUAAGAGGGGGGCGGGGGUUCAGAGUUUGCCCCCCUCUCCGUCCCUCCAUCCAAAUCCACUCUUUUUAAUGCUAACCUCAGGCUCUAUACCACUCACUUCUCCCCUCCGCUCCCUAGUCCUGUGAAGGCUCUUCCCCACUGUAAAUAAACAUAAGUCCUGUCGAUGGUAUGAGCCAGUUGUUUGUAUAGUAGGGACCACGGCCAACAUUUUCAAAACAUAAGUCCCUAUCCACAAGGCGUGGCUUACUACUGGAAUGUGUUGCAUUUGUUUUUCAAGAAAAACAAGAAAACCAUAAAAAACAAAACAAAAAAAAAACAAUGAUUGAAAAUCUGAGAUGUUCUUCAACAGUUUGUGUUGCAAUGUAG